AUGUCCAGCAUGGCCGCCUUCGCUUCCCAAGACCCUGAUGAGGGCUAUUCCGAAGACCCCCUCAACCCCAGCUCCAGCAGCCUUCACUAUGUCUCAAGCGCAGCCCGCCCGCCUGCCGACUUGCCUGCCUGGCUGGCGAGACACCUGCCCGGCCUCUCCGUUUCUGCCAAGACUGAGCUCGCCAUGGCUAUCCUCGACAACCUGCCCACAACGGCCGUCGUGGACAUCGUCCAGCGCCUGCAUCCUCGCCUCUACAUCGACUUCGUCCACUAUCUGCCCCCGGAGGUCUGCUUGAAGAUCCUCGGCUACCUCGACCCCUUGUCCCUUAUCAACGUCGCCAUGGCUUGCCGCGCCUGGCACGAGCUGGCCCUCGACCGCAAGCUGUGGGAGAACCUAUACCACAUGGAGGGCUGGAAGGCCCUGUACUCCGAGAUCCACCGCUGGGAGGACAAGGUCAACGAGGGCUUGAAUCACUCCGCCAGCUCCCUCCACAGGGUUCGAUCCUCCGAGGACGGCCACACCUACAAGAAGCGCGCCAUAUCCGAGGACGACGACCUCGAAAUGACGGACGCCGGAGCCGCCCUACCCCGGGAAGAACCCCCAAACAGCUCCGCCAACACCGUCAUGGGCAGCAGCAUUUUUGGAAGCCCCGCCUCGGCGACGCCUCAGCCCGGAGACAUGGACGUCGACCGCUCCGCCUCGGCCUCCAACAGCCGGAGCCGAGAGAGAAGCUUAGGUUUCGAUUCCAUGGGCAAGGGCAAGGGCAAGGGCAAGGCGGCGCUUGUCAAGGAGGAAUCCCUGCCGCCCAUGGUCCCCGACGACGCCCGCGGAGGCCUUGCCUGCUCGACCCUCUGGUCCUGGGACGCACCCAGCUCGAGAUACAAGCUAAACUGGAAGUACAUCUACACGAUGCGCCGCCGCCUGGAGCAGAACUGGGAGCUUGGCAAGUGCUCCCAUUUCCAGCUGCCCCAUCCCGACCACCUCGACGAGGGCCAUCAGGAGUGCAUCUACAGCUUGCAGUACGACAGCGAUUACAUCGUCAGCGGCAGUCGAGACAAAACGAUCCGCAUCUGGAGCAUGCAUACCCGUCGCUUGCAGAUGAAGCCGCUCGAGGGGCACACCGGAUCCGUCCUGUGCCUGCAGUUCGAUUCAGACCCGGAGGAAGACCUCGUCGUCUCUGGCAGCAGCGACUCGGACGUCAUUCUCUGGCGUUUCUCGACGGGCAAGAUCAUUCAGCGCCUCAAGAACGCGCACUCCGAGUCCGUCCUCAACGUCAAGUUUGACAAGAGGAUCCUCGUCACCUGCUCCAAGGACAAGACCAUCAAGAUCUUCAACCGCCGACCCCUGCGCUACGGUGAACCUGGCUACGGCGACGUCGACGUUGUCUUCUCUGCCCCGACCCGCCUGCGGAACUACAGCUACGGAAACCCUAUGGACGAUUUGCCCCUCAAGCCCCCUUACACCAUGAUUGGUGUACUCGAGGGCCACGGCGCGGCCGUCAAUGCCGUCCAGAUCUGCAAGAACGAGGUCGUCUCGGCCAGCGGCGACAGAAACAUCAAGGUCUGGGACUGGACUAAGCAGGUGUGCAUUAGGACCGUCGUCGGCCACGGCAAGGGCAUCGCCUGCGUGCAGUACGACGGUCGGAGGAUUGUUAGUGGCAGCAGCGACAACGAAGUCAAGGUAUUUGACCGCGCCAGCGGUCUCGAAGUGGCCAGCCUGCGGGCGCAUACCAGCCUCGUCCGGACCGUCCAAGCAGGUUUCGGCGACCUCCCAUUUAGCGCUGACGAGGAUAAGGCCGAGGCGAAGCGGGUCGACGAGACGUACUUCAAGGCGAUAGAAUCCGGCGUCAUCGCCCCCUUUACCGAGUACAGUCGGAGCCGCCGAGGCCAACCUCGUAAUGCGGGCAGUAGCAGACCGGAGGAUAUUACGGCGUAUGGCGCCGCUCUACCCCCGGGCGGCGGCGGCGGCAAGUAUGCUCGCAUUGUUUCCGGCUCGUACGACCAGAGCGUCAUCAUCUGGCGUCGCGACAAGGAGGGCGUGUGGAAGGACAUGCAACACUUGCGACCCGAGGAAGCCGCCGCAGCAGCCCAGGCGCAGGCGCGCGCGGACUCGCAAGCAGCUGCCGAGGCGUUGCUUGCAGCCGCCGGCCAAGGCGCGUUGUCGCACAUGGUGGCCUCGCACGCUGCCCGGGGACCUUCCACCGGGUCUUCUAGAGCGGCAACACUUGCUCUCGCCGCACAGGACCCUGCUCAAGUUUUCAUGCAACUCGUCGACACCGUCGUGCCCCAGGGGCCGACCCAGCUUCGCCAGACCCUGCACAACUACCCAACCAUGGCCAUGUCACACAGGGCGCACAUCCAGGCCGCCAUCGGCCGAGAACCGAACUCGCGUAUUCGGGACGAACUCCGCAAUGCGCUUCAUGCGGCCUUGCUAGAGGCGCAAGUUAUCCUAGCCGGCGGGCAUGGGCCCGCUCGCGAACAGCCGACCAUCGUCCCGCCUUCGUUACCACCGCUUGGUCCGGCUACAUCCGGUUCUGCUACGGCUGGGUCGGCGGGAGGUUCUACUAGUGGCCCCCUUUUUGACAUGCCACCCAGUAGACAAUUAACCACGGCCGUUAGUGCCGGAAGUGUUCACGCUCGCCGACCUGAUGUACGCAGCCAACUGGGUCCUGCCGCCGGCGCUACCGCCGGCACCGCCGGCAAUACCUCGCCGCCUGCGGCGCCCCAGGUACAGGGACACCUGCAUAUUCAAGGUCAGGGCCAACCGACACAGCAGGGCCAAGGACAAGGGCAGGUGCCGACACAACCAGGAGCGCCCGUACAGACGCAGGCGACGCCGGUGCCGGUACAGGGAGCGCAGCACCCGGUGCCCGGCGCGGCGCACCACCCGCACAUGGCCAACGGCGACAAUGGCCCGGCACGGGUGUUCAAGUUGCAAUACGACGCCCGCAGAAUUAUUUGUUGUAGUCAAACAAAUACCAUUGUGGGCUGGGACUUUUGCAACAACGACCCGGAGCUGGAGGAGGUUGCGCGGUUCUUUGGCACAGUGGAGUAG